ACACAUUGUUACAAUGUUAAAUAUAAAUAAUUGCCUUACUCUGUUAAUAAUUUAUUUAGCAAUAGAAAUUGUUGCAGCGAAACCUGUUGAAGAAAUUUCCUAUAUAGAAAAAAUUAUUAAUUUUCAAUAUGAAAAUGAUCAAUGGAUUUGUGGCGAUAUUAUCUGUCCUGUGAACACAUUCGGCUGUAAAAUAAGUCUACUUAGUGAUAAGGAGGAUAAAAAAAGUUUUCAUCAAACUUUUUCCUGUAUCGAUGAAAGUAAAAGUGCUAUAUUCAUUUCUGAAUCUAGAAUUGAAAUGCCAAAUGAAAGAGAAAUCGAUGUCGAACUCGAAUCCUAUGUAGGUGCAUUAUCGAUUUAUAUGACUGGUUAUGGUAUGGGAGGUCAUGAAAGUGCUAAAGGUGUGGUAGCUGUAGAGAAUUUGAAUGACCUAAAGGAAUCCGCUAAGAGCAAUAGAGAAUCAGUUAGCAUAUAUGAUUUGUGAUUUAUUAUAAUUAAUAAAGUAAAUAAAUUUUUCAAUA